AUGGGUGUUGUUAAAUUGGAUGAUUCACCUAAGACAGAGAAUCUGUUACCUGAUUAUAAUGGAGUGAACAUGAUAGGUGAGAGCAUGGGUAGAAGAAUCAAGGAAGAUACUGCAGAAGUGAAAAUUCCUUUGAGAUGGGUCUGGAGGAAGAUGGUAGGAAGGGGGUUAUUUGUUUUGGAUUCAGAGAGAAGCUUUGAAGGGGUGGAAAACUACUGCAUGAUGGAUGACAAGGAAAUGGAGUUUUACGAAGAAGUUAAGGAGGAAGGGAGUAUCUGCACCUCCGAAUCCACGAAGGUUCCAAGAGUAGCACAGCCUGUGGUCAUCAUCUCGCGACCAAAGAAUGAUGAAGUAAGAAUGCCAGUAAUGCCAAGGAUCAUAAUAAAGAAACCUGCAACCUUUUCUUACCAAGAUAGUAGGAAGGUUCCAUGGAACUACAAGUGCAAUACAACUGUCCCUGGAAAGGAGACUACAAAGGACCAAGAUGUGAGUGCUUAUCUAGAACCUGUGCAAGGAAGGGCCAUAACAGUGGAACAAAAAGGGAAAGUAGCUGAGCCUUUGCAUAAACAACCUGCUCGCAUAUCCGUACUGGCCUUGCUCUUGAAUUUAGAAGUACAUCGUAGUGAUUUGAUGAAGGUGUUGAACAAAACCUAUGUAGCCAACGAUAUUUCUGUCAACAAACUGGAUCGGUUGGUCAAUAAUAUCAGCGCUGAUAACUUCAUAUUCUUCAACAAUGAUGAGAUACCACCUGGGGGUAUGGGGUCUACUAAGGCUUUGCAUAUUACCACACGAUGCAAGGGGUAUACUUUGCCAGGAGCCUUGAUUGACAAUGGAUCAACUUUGAACGUGUUACCAUUAUCCACACUUAACAAGCUUCCUAUAGACAGCUCGCACAUGAAAACAUGCCAAAAUAUAGUGAGGGCAUUUGAUGGUACAGAAAGGAAAGUCAUGAGAAGAAUUGAGAUACCCUUAUUGAUUGGCCCAACAGUUUUUGAGGUGGAUUUUCUUGUGAUGGACAUCAAACCCUCCUACAAUUGCUUAUUAGGGAAACUAUGGAUACAUUCAGCAGGGGCCGUAUCGUCAUCAUUACAUCAGAAAUUAAAGUUAGUGGUAGAAGGUCGGCUGGUGACAAUAAACGCCGAAGAGGAUAUUAUAGUGGCUGUAUCCAAUGAGGCGCCGUAUGUGGAGACCAAUGACGAGUCGGUGGAAUGCUCAUUCCGAUCUCUAGAGUUUGUAAAUGCAACAUUUGUUCUUGAAGGGAGCAAAAUCCCGGUACCUAAAAUAUCCAAAACUACAGAGAUGGGGUACAAGCCAGACAGAGGACAGAGAAAGAAGGAGUUGGAAAGAAGACAAGAAAGACGAAGGGCGCGUCUAAGUGGGGAGGAAAUCAAAUGGGAGCCAAUGAUAAGUCCCCACAAAUCCAAAACCUUCAUAUCUGGAGGGAUGCACAUCAAUGCCAUAAAUGAGGAUGCAAAUGAAGGGGGAGUUUGUUAG